UUGACAUUAAUUAAUUCUAAAUCUUUAGGAACCCUUGCGCGUCUCAGGCCUACGACCACCACCGUUUCAUCACAUUCCCUCCAAUCACUUGUAUCCUCUUCGAGCCCGAUUGAAACAACCUCUCCUCAAAGCUUGAAUCUGUCCACAAAAUCAGCAUCUGAUUCGAUUUCUGAGCCCGCAUCCUCUCUCUUGCAAUUCGAUUCCAGUAUGUUUAAAGUGACACCUUUUCCCAAGUUAAAAUCUACCCAGACGUCACUGUCUUCGGCAGUUGGCCACAGCCCUCCGACAGUCAGUAGAGCCAGUACCGGCCUAUCGACACAGCAGCAAUUCCCGAUGGUUUCUGGCGGGCAACCAUUGAGCUCGAGACUCUCCUCUAAAUCAUCGGCCUCAGUCUCCGGUGGGCAAAGUACAGGUUUUGUGCUUGGUCAAAAGCCUGCCAGUGCAAUUACCACUCCAAAAAGUGAAUUACUCUAA